AUGGAUCCGGGACCACACGGACACCCAGACCAGGUCCCCUAUAUUGUCACUUGGGAGGCUCUUAUUUCUGAUCCUCCCUCGUGGAUAAAACCCUUCCUACCCGCCCCGGCGCCCCAACCCCCUACCCCCUUGACCCUUCCAUCUGCACCUCAACUCCCGUCCCCGCUCCUUCCGUCCUUGACUCCCCAACCCCAACUCCCUCCUCCUCUCCUCCCCUCUCCAGCUCCCCAACCUCCCUCACAUUCCUCACUUUACCCAGCCCUUGUUCCCCUAGAAAGUAAAAAGCAGGUGCCUCCGGAGAAAGGCAGGCCUGCCACCCCAAAGGUUUUGCCACCAGGGGAAGAAGUUCUCCUGGAUUUGUUGACGGAAGAACCGCCUCCCUAUCAGGGACAUGCUCAGCAGCCUCAGGAAGCAGUGGCUGCCGCCCCUCCACCGCCUGCCGACCCUGCACCAUCCCCGGUGGCCGGUCGACUCCGCGGACGCCGAGAACAGGUCCCGGACUCUACCUCCACCUCUCAGGCGUUUCCUCUGCGUGCAGGGACGAACGGCCAGCUGCAAUAUUGGCCCUUUUCGGCCUCAGACUUGUAUAAUUGGAAAACUAACAACCCUCCCUUUAGCAAAGACCCCUCAAAACUAACCUCUUUAAUUGAAUCUAUCUUAGUGACUCAUCAACCCACUUGGGACGAUUGCCAGCAACUAUUGCAGGUACUGUUGACUACUGAGGAAAAACAGCGUGUUUUCCUCGAAGCUAGGAAGAACGUCCCCGGGGACCACGGGCGUCCCACUCAACUGCCUAAUGAGAUAGACGCUGCUUUUCCCUUGGAACGGCCCAAUUGGGACUUCAAUACGGAUGCAGGUAGGAACCACCUACGCCUUUACCGCCAGUUGCUAAUAGUGGGUCUCCAAGGGGCCGCCCGGCGGCCCACCAAUUUGGCGCAGGUAAAGCAAGUAGUUCAGAAAGUAGAGGAGUCGCCUUCGGCUUUUCUUGAGCGUCUUAAGGAGGCAUAUCGCAUUUACACUCCUUACGACCCUGAGGAUCCAGGGCAGGCUACGAAUGUUGCUAUGUCUUUUAUUUGGCAAUCGGCUCCUGAUAUCAGAAAGAAGCUAGAGAGGCAGGAGGAUCUUCAGACAUUGUCCCUCCAGGACUUGCUUAAAGAAGCCGAACGCAUUUAUAAUAAAAGGGAGACUCCAGAAGAAAGGGAGGAAAGGCUGAGAAAAGAAGCUGAAGAAAGAGAAAGUGCACGUGAUCGUAAAAGAACAAAGGAGAUGAGUAAGUUGUUGGCCACCAUAGUAUCAGGACAGCAGCAGGAGCAGGGAAGACAGAAGGGAGACAAACCAGGCACCCAAUUGGAAAAGGACCAGUGUGCAUACUGUAAAGAAAAGGGACAUUGGGGGGGUCCAGGCCAGGAGCCCCCCCCUGAGCCUAGGAUAACUCUGGAAGUUGGGGGGCAACCCGUCACCUUCCUGGUGGAUACGGGGGCCCAACACUCAGUAUUAACCACGGCCCCCGGACCCCUGAGUGACCGAUCAGCCUGGGUGCAAGGAGCCACUGGAGGGAAGCGGUAUCGGUGGACCACCGAUCGAAGAGUGCAACUGGCCACCGGUAAGGUAACGCAUUCCUUCUUGCAUGUUCCCGACUGCCCUUACCCUCUACUGGGAAGAGACUUGUUAACCAAAUUAAAGGCACAAAUUCAUUUUGAGGAGACAGGGGCACGCAUUACUGGGCCCAAGGGACAGCCCUUACAUGUACUGACCCUCGGAAUAGAGGACGAGUACAGGUUGUAUGAACAAAAACAGGACAAAGAGGACGCCCACAUACGGCCUUGGGUGCGAAAGUUCCCGCAAGCGUGGGCUGAGACGGGAGGCAUAGGCUUAGCCGUCCACCAGGCUCCUUUAGUUAUCCAACUAAAGGCCACUGCCUCCCCUGUGUCUAUAAAACAAUACCCGCUGUCCCAAGAGGCCCGUCGGGGAAUUCGUCCUCACAUAAAGAGACUGUUAGACCAAGGAAUACUAACCCCCUGCCAGUCUCCCUGGAAUACUCCGCUCCUCCCGGUCAAAAAGCCGGGAACUCAAGAUUAUAGACCAGUACAGGACUUGAGAGAAGUUAAUAGGCGGGUUGAGGACAUUCACCCCACGGUCCCUAAUCCAUACAACCUAUUGAGCAGUCUGCCCCCCACUCAUAUCUGGUAUACUGUCUUAGACUUAAAGGACGCGUUUUUCUGCUUAAGAAUCCAUCCCAGUAGCCAGCCUAUUUUUGCCUUUGAAUGGAAGGAUCCAGAGCUGGGAGUGUCGGGGCAAUUGACUUGGACUAGACUGCCCCAGGGGUUUAAAAACAGCCCCACACUAUUUGAUGAGGCGUUACAUCGGGACCUAGCCGACUUCAGAAUUCAACAUCCCACGUUAAUAUUGCUCCAGUACGUAGAUGAUCUCCUGCUGGCAGCCCAGACACAGGAGGACUGCAACUCAGGGACUGAAGAUCUCCUGCAGGCCCUGGGUGCCAUCGGCUACAGGGCCUCCGCCAAAAAGGCGCAAAUUUGUCAGAAGCAAGUAACGUAUCUAGGAUAUCAGAUCAAAGACGGGCAGAGGUGGCUGACAGAGUCUCGCAAACGGGCAAUUAUGGAUAUUGCCCCACCCCAGAGUCCAAGACAGUUGCGAGAGUUUCUGGGAACAGCUGGAUUCUGCCGACUGUGGAUUCCCAGCUUCGCGGAGAUAGCCGCCCCUCUGUACCCGUUAACAAAACCUGGGACGCUAUUUGUCUGGGAAGAGAUCCAACAAAAAGCCUUCCAAAACAUUAAGGAGGCGCUCUUACACUCCCCGGCUUUAGGGUUGCCAGAUCUAACCAAACCUUUUGAGCUGUUUGUAGAUGAAAAGCAAGGAUAUGCAAAAGGAGUCCUGACCCAGAAGCUGGGGCCUUGGAGACGUCCUGUGGCCUAUCUCUCCAAAAAGCUGGAUCCGGUUGCUUCCGGAUGGCCCCCGUGCCUGCGGAUGGUUGCGGCGAUUGCAGUCCUGGUAAAAGACUCGGGUAAGCUUACCCUAGGCCAGCCACUUGUCAUCCUGGCCCCACAUGCCGUAGAGGCCCUGGUCAAACAACCACCAGACCGAUGGCUCUCUAACGCCCGCAUGACCCACUACCAAGCCAUGCUCCUAGAUAAAGACAGAAUACAGUUCGGGCCUGUAGUAACUCUGAACCCCGCUACCCUGCUGCCACAACCGGGGGAGGCGGAGCCCCAUGACUGUUUGCAGAUCCUGGCCGAAGUACAUGGAACUCGACCGGACUUGACCGACCAGCCCCUCCGGGAUGCUGAUUUCACUUGGUAUACAGAUGGGAGCAGCUUCUUGGACCAUGGUGAGAGGAAGGCCGGAGCUGCUGUCACCACCGAGACUGAGGUAGUUUGGGCGGAGGGACUUCCGCCUGGGACGUCAGCACAGCGUGCCGAGCUGAUCGCCCUGACCCAUGCACUCAAAAUGGCAAAAGGCAAGAGACUUAACGUCUACACCGAUAGUCGCUACGCUUUUGCUACGGCCCAUGUGCAUGGAGAAAUCUAUCGCAGGCGGGGCUUAUUGACCUCAGAGGGAAAGGAAAUUAAAAAUAAGCCGGAAAUUCUGGCCCUAUUGGAGGCCUUGUUCUUGCCCCAAAAACUGAGCAUUAUACACUGUCCGGGACACCAAAAAGGACAAACCUCGGAAGCGAGAGGCAAUCGACUGGCUGAUAGGGCGGCCCGGGAGGCAGCGCUAGCCGGAACUCCAACCACCCCGGACAUGGACGAUCUAAAGAAAAUGGGGGCCACCUUUGACCCUGAGAGAGGGGCUUGGACUAACGAUGGGAAGACUGUUUGGCCAAGAAAGUGGACUCGUCAAAUGAUAGACCGCCUCCACAAACUAACCCAUCUUAGCAACCGGAAAAUGAAGACCCUCCUUGAGCGUGAGGAAGGGCUAAUGCAUCUUCUGGGAAAAGAGGACAGCCUACAAGCAGUGACAGAUCAAUGCACUAUAUGUGCCCGUGUCAACGCUGGGAAGACCAAAAUAGGGCCAGGAGUGCGGGUACGAGGACAGCGACCUGGGACUCACUGGGAAAUCGACUUCACGGAGAUUAAGCCUGGACAGUAUGGUUACAGAUAUCUCCUAGUAUUUGUGGACACCUUCUCAGGCUGGGUAGAGGCUUUCCCUACCAAACAUGAAACCUCCAGAGUGGUAACAAAAAAGCUGAUGGAAGAAAUUUUUCCCCGAUAUGGUAUGCCACAGGUAUUAGGGACUGAUAAUGGGCCUGCGUUCGUCUCCCAGGUAAGUCAGUUGGUGGCCAAACUGUUGGGGAUUGAUUGGAAAUUACACUGUGCUUACAGACCCCAGAGCUCAGGGCAGGUAGAAAGAAUGAAUAGAACGAUUAAGGAGACUUUAACCAAAUUAACACUUGCAACUGGCUCAAAGGACUGGGUGUUCCUCCUGCCCCUUGCCCUUUACCGCGCUCGCAAUACCCCUGGCCCCCAUGGCCUCACCCCUUUUGAAAUCUUGUACGGAGCUCCCCCGCCGGCUGUCAAUUUUCUUGACCCUCAUAUAUCUGACUAUGCUAAUAGCCCUUCUUUACAAGCUCACUUGCAGGCACUUCAGAUUGUCCAGCGUGAAGUCUGGAGGCCUCUUGCGGCAGUGUACCAGGAUCAACAAAACGACCCUGUCGUGCCUCAUCGUUUCCAGAUAGGAGAUUCUGUGUGGGUCCGACGCCAUCAGACCAAAAACUUGGAACCACGGUGGAAAGGACCAUACAUCGUUCUCCUCACCACUCCUACAGCCGUAAAAGUGGACGGAAUCGCCGCCUGGAUCCACGCGUCCCACGUCAAGGCCGCCCGGACCCCGGAAGAGACCUCAACAAACCCGGACUGGAAAGUGCAGCGCACUCAAAAUCCCUUAAAGAUAAGACUUACGCGAAAAUGA